GGUUGUUUGUCCGCCGCCAGCCAUUUUUAGCUUAUGGCCUGACUGGCGAUUGAUUGCCCGCGUCUGCGACUGCGACUUGAAGUACGGACAUACGACUCCAUGGUAGUUCCUUCCAACUUUCAUUCCUCCACCUCUACAACAAAAUCUUUCUUGGAUUGUAGGCAGGUGCACAUUCGUUUAUCCCAAGGUUGCACAGCGCCACCGUUUCUUGACUUUCUUCUUGACAUUUCCCUUCUCCAUUGUCCUUCUCCAUAUUUUCUUGUCACGUCUCAUCUUCCAAGAUGGUGUGGUUUCCCACUCUCACCACUGCGCUGUUUGCGCUCUUUGUCAGCAACGUCUUCGCCGUGUCCCCACUCGUUGUUCGUGGAGCAGACUUUGUCAACAGUGUCGAUGGCAGUCGAUUCCAGAUCAUUGGCGUGGCUUACCAACCCGGUGGUUCGUCUGGUUUCAACCCAGAGGCCGGAGUCGACCCUCUGAGCGAUGCCGAUGUCUGUCUUCGGGAUGCCGUUCUCAUGCAGCGACUCGGUGUCAAUGCCGUCCGCGUCUACAACUUGAAUCCCGAUCUUGACCAUACGGAAUGCGCUUCCAUCUUCAACGCCGCCGGCAUUUACCUCAUCCUCGAUGUCAACAGCCCUCUUCCCAACCAAUCGCUCAACCGAGGGGCACCACAAGAAUCAUACAACUCGGCCUACUUGGAGCGCGUUUUCCAAGUGGUGGAGGGCUUCAUGCAUUUCAACAACACUUUGGGAUUUUUCAGUGGAAAUGAAGUCAUCAAUGAAGAUUCUGUGCCAGAUGUCCCAGCCUACAUCAGAGCAGUGACUCGGGACAUCAAGGACUACAUCGCGAAGCAAGGAUCACGGGAGAUCCCUGUCGGCUAUUCUGCUGCCGAUGUCCGCCCGCUCCUGAUGGGAACAUUUGACUACCUAUCUUGCGCUCUCGAUGAUGAGGCCAGCUCCAAGAUUGACUUUUUUGGUCUCAACUCAUACUCAUGGUGCGGUGAUGCGAGCUUCCAGUCCUCGGGCUAUGAUGUUCUGGUCCGUGACUUUUCCAACACCACCAUCCCCAUCUUCUUCUCGGAAUAUGGUUGCAAUCAAGUUCAGCCUCGUACCUUUACCGAGGUUGGCGCUCUGUACGGCGAAGAGAUGACAGGGAUAUUUUCCGGUGGUCUCAUCUACGAAUACAGUGAGGAACCCAACAACUAUGGCCUGGUCGACCUCAACACCAACGGAUCUGUUUCAAUCAGAGUGGACUACAACAAUCUGCGUGAACAGUACAACCAGAUCGACCUCGACCACAUCACAGCUGCUAACUCCACUGCGACGGCCUUGGACGCUCCGGCUUGUGGUCUCGGCGUCGUGGCUGGAACCAACUUCAGCCAGUCUUACGACAUUCCUGCUCGUCCGAGCGGUGUGGACGACCUGAUUGAAAAGGGUGUCUCGGGCAAUUACCCCAGUGGAACCGUGUCUGUGACCAACCGUGUGCCUGACCAUAUCGUUUAUGAGCAGAAUGGACAGGAGAUGACUGGACUUGAGUUGACCAUCCUGCCCAACGAUCAGAGCAACCUUCCUGGCAACAACACAAGUGGAAGCACUCCGGAUCGGCCUGCGGGAGGAUCGCCGUCGUCGACUUCCGGUGGUAGCUCACCUUCCCACACAAAUGCGGCCGCCAAGAUGGAUGGCACAACAAUGGGACCUGUCAGUUUGGCAGCACUUUUGCUUGGUCUCUUCAUGCAGCUGUGAGGGUGAAUUGGUGAUUCAAAUGUUAGUAUGGGUUAUUGACGACCGACAGCGAGGUCAUAGUUGGUGUGAGGGGUUUUUUGCCAGGCAAUAGCAUAGUCAAGUCUUUUUCGAUGGACAUAUUGCAGUUGGCUUUGCUGGACAAUUCGCCACACACAAAUGAUAUCAUAGAAGAGGAUCAAUGAGAUGCAAUUUUCAUGU